AUGCGUCCCGAGGUUCGAAGCACCGUGGAGCGCCUCGAUAGGCCGAGUGCGUACUAUCUCAGCAGGGUGCCACUGAUGAGUUUGCAGAAUAAGCGCAGACGCGACCGAGACGACAACGGAGAUGACGCAGCCGAGCCCGCCGUCGACCCCCUCGCCAACGCGACAACCCUCUACGUCGGCAACCUCUCCUUCUACACCACAGAAGAGCAAGUCUACGAGCUCUUCUCCAAGUGCGGCGAAAUCAAGCGCAUCAUCAUGGGCCUCGACCGCUUCAACAAGACCCCCUGCGGCUUCUGCUUCGUCGAGUACUACACCCACCAGGACGCCCUCGACUGCAUGAAGUACAUUGGCGGCACAAAGCUCGACGAGCGCAUCAUCCGCACGGACCUGGACCCCGGCUUCGAGGAGGGCAGGCAGUACGGCCGAGGCAAGUCGGGCGGCCAGGUGCGAGACGAGUACCGAGAGGACUACGACGAGGGCAGAGGAGGAAUAGGCAGGGCGCUGCAGUCGGUGCGGGGGAGUAACUACGAUGAUUGA